AUGCUGACGUCAUUGCAGCGGCUGGAGCUGGCUCCAGACGGAUUGGUGAGGGAGCUGCCCCCCUCGCUGCUGGCGCUGCCGCGACUGGCGCACGUGGUGCUGGAGAACGUGUCGUGCCUUCCUUCGCUGACGGAGGGCGACGCAGAGGCGGAUGGAAUGCUGCUACAACCUCACCCAUCUCCCCAUUAUCCUCGCUGCUCUCGUGUCCUUGUUGCGCGCGCUCACGCUCGCCGACCUCCCGAGUUCUACUCCUUGCCCGCCGAAGUCUUCCGCCUCUCCGCGCUCACCUCCCUCUCGCUCCUCCGCCUGCCGCACGUCGAGUUCCUCCCCCCCGCGCUCUCCGUGCUCUCCGCCCUCCGCGCGCUCAAGAUCACCGGCGCAUCCAAGCUCGCGGCGCUUCCCGAAUCUCUGAGCGAGUUGGCGGCGCUCGAAUCGCUGGAGCUCGACGACUGCAACGCGCUGCGGAGCCUGCCCGCGUCGCUGGGCCGCCUGACGGCGCUGCAGAGCAUGGUGCUGCGGUGCGUCGCACUCGCCGCCAUGCCCGCCACCAUGGGCGGGCUCAGCGCGCUGACGCACCUUAGCGUCACCAAGUGCGCCGCGCUCACGGCGCUGCCAGAUGACCUCGGCGAGCUGGGCCGGUUGAAGACUCUGACAGUACGGAGCGCAUCCAUCGCGACCCUCCCAAACACGCUGAGCGGGCUGGCCCGCCUCGAAGAGCUACACAUUUUCAACUGCCCCCUCCUCGCCGCGCUCCCCGACGCCAUAGGCCAGCUGCCCGCCCUCAAGCGCCUCUACCUCGGCUACUGCUCCGCUCUCGCCCGCCUCCCCACGUCCCUCCCGCGCCUCCCCGCGCUCGAGGCCCUCGACAUCGAAAGCUGCCCGCUGCUCACGCACCUCCCCGACGACUUCGGCCCGCUUCCUCGCCUCGCGCGCCUGUCCGUCCACUUCGGCGCCUUGUCCCGCCUGCCCGCCUCGCUCUCCCGCCUGCCCGCGCUCCGCAUCCUCGAUCUUUCGUCCUGCGCGUCUCUCUCCGCGCUCCCCCCCGACCUCGCGGCCCUCCCCGCGCUGCACUCCCUUGUGCUCCUCGGAUGCUCCGCGCUGGCGGAGCUGCCCGCGGGACUGGCGCGCGCGCGGGGGCUGCGCCACUUGGACGUGCGCGGGUGCCCGGCGGUGGGGGAGGACACGGAGCUGGGUGUACGCGAGCGGCGCGUCGACGUCAAGUUGGGACCCGAAGGGAACAUAGGGGCGAUUUACAGGGGGAGACGCCUGCAGCAGGGGGAAACAAGGGGAAACGAGGGAGGAGAGGAGGAAUGUGUGGUGGGAGGAAAAGGGGGAGGAGGUGUGGGCGACUGGGGAGGAGAGAAUAACGGGGUAGGAGGCCGACGGGAUUGGAGAAGCUGA